GGACACGCGAACCCAUUGUGUUCUCUUCCUUUAUUUACCCCGCCGCCACGAAUGCUCAGCACUACCCUCUGGUGGCUUUGCACUGGCCGGAUCAGCAGAUUAUGUCCGUUGUGUGCAUGCAGCUGCGCUGACGCCAGUCCUCUGUUCUUGAUCGUGUCCGCCACGACUUCAACUACCGGACUGGAAAUAGGAACAGCUAAAUUUUCUUCCGUGAGCCCAGCACAUUUCUUUCUUGCUUGUGUUCGGAUUGUGACCUUCUGUGUGGAAGUUGAGAAAUUACAGACGCCGUCACUGAAUCAUCAAACAAUCUGUGUGUAAAACGUAGUGUGUGUGCAACGUGGUUAGGUGGAGUGGAGAUCAUGUUGAGUUUUGGAGUGCCGCUCGUCAUGAGCACAUGGUGCAUAGUUCACGUACUGAGCGCCGUCGUGUUGGCCGAGAAACAGCAGAAGUUGUUACGUGAGGAUCAUGCCGCUGAGCUUUUCCGCCUGGCACCUGGUCAAAAAGUGCCGCACCAUGAGAUCGUAUAUCCGUGGCUAGUACAUCCAGAGACCGAUGAAUACAUCUCACAUAAUGUUGACUCGAGACGGUCACGGCGCUCUGCGUCCUCAGCAGCAGAUCACAUCGAAUUGCCGGUGAUCGCCGUCAAGUUUAGCGGACUCGGCGAGGACUUCCACGUCAAGGUGGCACCUAACGAGCGUCUGAUGCCAGCCACAUUCUACGUUAGCGCACAUCACCAUGACGGCAAGAACAGCACCUUGCCGCUGAGUGAUGACUUUGCAUGCCAUCACCAUGGCAUCGCUGUGUCACAUGACAACUCGCCAGUGGCAAUUAGCACAUGUGACGGAGUGAGUGGUACAGUAUAUGAUCCGAACGGUGGUAGUUUUAUGAUCCAUCCGCUACCCGACCAUCUCCACCAUGCCGACAGAGCGCACUAUCGACACGACUCCAAGCCAGACGCAAAACCACACAUUGUCUACCGGCGUGACGUUGGUGCGCAGACUCGCCAUGGCAAUGAUACUGCAUCUUGCCACGUCAAUGCGGAGCACCAACUCGCUAAACAACCUGUCGACAUCGAGGGCGCGGACCUUCAAUUGGUGGAACGAGCUCUGAAGAAAGUCUCAGGCGAAACAGUUUUCGAAAUGACGGAAAUCUUUCUCGGCGACCACCACGCUGGAAAGGAUCGUCGGAAACGCAACACGAAGAAGUACCAUUUGGAGGUGAUGCUCGUGGCUGACAACAUGCUAUUCUCGCGUCGCAAGUUCCGUGACAACACGCAUGCUGGAAAUUACAUGCUGGCAAUUGCCAAUCUGGCUUCUCUUCACUUCAACGUUGACCGGCUGGAUGUGGAUCUUGCCUUUGUUGUCUCGAAAAUACUUCUGCUAAAUAGAACCGAGGCUGGACUGAACCUUGGACAUCAUUCAGAGAAGACACUGAGCAGCUUCUGCAUGUGGCAGCUACGCACGCAGUACACACCGUACGAAACCAGCAAGGACCACUAUGACCUGGCCAUCCUGAUAACAGGGUGGAAGCUCUGCUCCUACUCCGACAAUCGUGGCUGUGAUGAGUUGGGUCGUGCGUACGUGUCGGGCGCUUGCUUCAAGUACCGCAUGUGCAGCGUGGUGUACGACAAUGGCCUGACAGCGGGCUUCGUCCUAGCACACGAGACCGGACACAGCUUGAGUCUACGACACGACGGCGAGAAUGGAUGUCGCAACUCGGGCUACUUAAUGAGUCCCACUAUUGCCGGUCGCGGGUCAAUCAACUUCUGGUCACAGUGCAGCAAGACACGGGUUGCUCGAUUUGUAGCAUCAACACCAGCGUACUGUCUCCGAGAUGUCCCAGUCAUGGUCAAGUCCAAGCCGUAUGAUUUGGUGGGUCGUCACUUCGGACUGGAUCAGCAGUGCCAACUGUGGAUGGGCACAGCGUCGCGCUUCUGUCCUUAUUCAUACGCACGAGAUGACGUAUGCCAGAAGCUGUGGUGCCGACACACGAACUCAAACUGCCGCACGGCUAAUGUACCGGCAGCUUCUGGAACUAAAUGUGGCUAUCGUCGUGGAUGGGUGUGUCAUCUUGGCCAGUGUGUAAGAGAUUCGUUUGUGAAGACAACCACGCAGCCUGUUCCCACCACACCGCCAGUUAAGGUCGGCGUCUGGGGUCCCUGGUAUCCUAAAGGCAACUGCUCGCGGCCAUGCAGCGGUGGCAUACAAGUGUUCACACGCUACUGCGUUGAGAAAGGCACGAAAGAGAAGUUGGAGAUCAGCACAUGCAAUGGUAUUUGGCUGAAGCGUGAGGUGUGCAAUCAGCAAGAGUGCCCGCAGCUCAACAACUACCUGUUGGACCAGUGUCGCGCAGCCGGCGAGGCCAAGAACCUGCGCAACACCACCUGGUUCCCUGGCUAUCUGGCAGCCACUCGCUGCAGACUGGUGUGCAAGUCCACGCACAACGUCACCAUCGAUCAGCUGGCCACCGACGGUACUCCGUGCAGUUAUAGAUACAACGAUCGAUGCAUCAGCGGGAAGUGUGUGUCCAUCGGCUGUGACUACGUGCAGCAUUCUACGGCACGCUACGACCGCUGCGGUGUCUGCAAGGGCACUGGUGGCACGUGCCAGAAGGUGGAGUACUUGUACCGGACCAAGGACAGUGACCCAGUGAACGUCACCGUUCUGAGACUGCCCAAGGGAUCUCGCAAUAUCUACAUCAAGGAGCAUCUGGUGCAGGAGACUUCACACUUGUUGCUGACGACAAUGAACCAUGUGCCAGUGAUGGACGGUGCAUGGAUGCGUGGACGGCGGCAUACGACCCUGCGCGUCUUCAUGGCAGGCACAGAGUUCUACUACCGGCAGCUGCGCGGCAAGCCGGAGAGUCUGUCCAGCGCUGUAGCUCCUCUCAAUGAGGAUCUCUAUGUAAAGAUUGUACGCACCAACACCGAUGACCAACGGUUAAAUUUCCGCUACUACAUGAAACCUGGUGAAGUUGUGGACAGGUUCGUUUGGAGAUCGGAUUCAACGCCAUGCUCGGUCACAUGUGGCAAAGGCUCAUACACACAGUACCCUGUUUGCCUGGAGAUGGCCACGUCUGAAGUAGUAAACCCACUGCACUGCAUACCAAGCAAGUACCACGUCAACAGGACAAUGUCAUGCUCUCGCUCACCGUGCUUGAGGACGACCGCACCACCAGUUACGACAGUAGCACCGACAUAUGAGCCGCCAUCUUGGAAAGUCUCCAACUGGACAGCAUGCUCUGUUAGCUGUGGCGAUGGUGUCCAAGCUCGCCGAGUUGUGUGCAGGUACAGGCACGCAACCGUGCGCGAUCCACGAUGCGCUGGCUCCAGCAAACCGCUGUCACGUCGGAGCUGCUCCACGGACCCGUGCUUCGCGGCCUUACAACAACAGUCUACCGAUGCUGUCCACGGCGGCUGGAGCGACUUCUCGGACUGGACAGACUGCUCUCUGUCGUGUGCUGGUGGCAUUGCGUAUCGCUCUCGCUCGUGUACAAACCCCAAGCCAGCUGAGGGCGGACGUAACUGCACUGGCCACCGCAUAGAGAAUCGCAUGUGCAAUGUUCAACCCUGCGGCCCGGGCCAGAGGGACGUCAGAGUAGGCAUCUGUGCUAGCAGAAACACCGACGCUAAGACUUGGAUUCCUGCGUUGCCACAUCAUUUCCGAGACCAUUCCAAGUCCUGUGCGCUGAAGUGCCGUCCCAUUGGUGGCGAACCCAAGGCUGUAAAGGACAUGAACACCACAGUGCCCGACGGUACUCGGUGCAGCUUUUCACAGAACCACCGGUGCAUACAAGGCGAGUGUAGGAAAGUGGGAUGCGACAACAUCGUAGGGAGUUCUGCUAAGUGGGACAUGUGCGGCGUGUGUAAAGGCAAGGGUGGCUCGUGCGUAUCGAGGUCGAGCAGCUAUAUGAUUGGGCAUGCGAUGCCAGGUGUGUACCACGUCGCAACGUUGCCUAAUAAAAUAUACUCAUUGACCGUGACCAAGCCUAACCAGGGCGAGCGAGUCAACCUGGUGCUAAGGUCGGUUGCCAGCGGCGACAUCCUGUUCUCUACCGACAUGCUGCCGAGGAACUUCUCCAGCGUCACGUAUGUACCGUUGGCCGAUAGAUAUCUUCAGAUUCGUAUACAUGCCUCGAAAGAAGUGUACGGUCUCAAAGGACCCAUUCUGGGUGGUAUCCAGAUGCUGCUGAAUAUCACUACAUUCUCCCUGAGACCAAGCAACCCGGGUCUGCAGUGGCGCUACAUUGUGGAUUCAUCUAAGGUAACUGUUCGGCCGGUGAGCACGGAAGACCGAUUCGAGCGUGUACGACUCAUCAGCGGCUGCUCCGUGACCUGCGGUCAGGGCAUGAUAACGUUGGCGGAGCGUUGUGUUCGCAAGAGAGACAACCGGAUGGCAAGCAUUGAGUUCUGUCGUGGUCUACCGCCAAGUGCGAACACGUCCAGCAACGCGGCUUGUUUCAGACAGGCAUGUCCGAAUAGGGCGCCCGAGAGUUAUGAAUGGGUGACCCAAUCAUGGAGCUCGUGCAGCAAGACAUGUGGCCGUGGAAUGCAGAGACGCAACGUUAUGUGCCAGCGCAUUCGAGAUCAGACGGACGUCUCGAGCAACAUGUGCCUGAGUCGUGCCAGGGUUCCGCCGCGCAUCCGAGAAUGCAACGUCAACGCAUGCCCAAAGCCUGCCAGAUGGGUGACGGACCGAUGGGAAGCGUGCUCUGUCACAUGCGGCGGUGGCCGUCAGAUGCGGCGCGUACGCUGUGAGCAGUUCGCCAGGGGUCAGGAGUGCACGGGAGAUCGUCCGGUUCAGCAAAGGAGCUGUGGAUUGUCCGCCUGUCCAGCGCAACCGGCAUGCAUAGACAAGCUCAGCAAGUAUUACUGCACCCUCGUCAAGAACUUCCUGCUGUGUACGGCUAACCAGCGAUACGCUGCAGCCUGCUGCCAUACAUGCCAGAGUGGAUGAGGACGUUGAGCUGUCGAGCUGCAGCACGUCACCUAUCUUCAGCGUCCACUACCACCACCGUUCUCUAGAGAGAUGUCGUCAAUGUCCCGCAGUGCAUCGCCGUCAAACUCAGUUUAAACACAACACAUACGUGUAGCUACCCAGACUUACGCAAUCUCCCGACAUAUCUACCAGCAUCCAACUGACAUCCCGGCUUUGCUUUCUGAGUGCACGGCGUGCGCACGUGCGCGCCCUGUGCUCAUUUAUCUAUGUCCAGUCUCAAACCCAGAGUUCAUGCUCCCUCUCAUGAGCUUAUUAUCUAUUUGCACGAAAAAAAGAUUGUAUUGCAAAGCACACUGCGUAUCGUGGACCAGCUCCUCCACACAAGUAGUAUAGUACAGUACAGUGCAGUGGACGACUCUGAGGUCUGAGAGGCUGCAUCGCAGCCAUGCAGCCGUGGAUGCCAGUCAGCCAACACUUGCAUCAGACUGUAGUGUGCGAUGCUUCGCCAGACCUGAGAGACCGCCACCGUGUGGAUAAUGCUAGAAUUCCAACUGCCAUAAUGAUCACCAUCAUUAUGAGAUAGAUAGCUGCUAGACCGUCAUGCAAUUUCUUGCAUUCCACUGUACUAACUGUUGCUACACAUCAUUCAGCACAGUACAUGUAUGUACCAGGGAGUAGUACAAUACAGUAUUGUACUACUCCCUGGUAUGUACUAUCACAUCAUUCAGCACAGUACAUGUAUGUACGAAUAUCACAAUACACAGGCACUGAACUACACUCAAAGGUAUAUACUUGGUGAUACAAGCAUUUUUAUCUGCACCUCCCCCCCCCCCCCCCCCCCCCUCUCUCUCUUUGAUAUUGAUAUCCAUGUCCCUGUACUAA